GAAACCACAUUUUGCAAAUCAGUCAAUUACUUCUGCUUUCCUGUAAAUCAAGAACUUUCCCCACCCUACACAUGAUCAUAAGUUACCAUCUGACUGAAGUGAGUAGAAGUCAAAGUUGCUGGCCUGUUCCUGUCUGGGGCACAGCCACCAGCAGCCCCAUGGCCCAGAGCGUGCUCUACGCCGACCUGAGAUUCGCCAAGGGGCCAGGGGGCCAUGGCACAACCAGCCAGGUGCUGGAGGCAGCCAGCAUGGACGACACAGACAGCCCCUAUGAGAACGUUGUUCCGGGAUCAGCACCUGUGGGGACAGCAGGGGAAGGGACCCAGCACAGCCCAGGGCACUGGUCCCGGCGGUGCUGUGUCCCUGCAGGGCUUCUGGCAGUCAGCCUGCUGCUGUUGGUGGCCCUGGUGACCCUGGGGACCUGCUACUGGCAGGUGAACCACCAGCUGCAGAACGUAUCCAGGGAGCAGGCCACUGAGCGCGGCCACUUCUCACAGGAGGCACAGGUGUGGAAGCAGAGCCUGAGGCAGACACAGCAGGAGCUGGCAUGGGUGCAAGAGGAGCUGCAGCAAGCAUGGCAGGCGGCCCACCGCAGUCAGCAGGAGCUGGCCAGGCAGGAUGUCGAGCUGGUGCGUGUCUCAGGGGCCCUGAAUGCAACCCAGAAGGAGCUACAGGACGUGCAGGGGAAGCUCAGUGCCAUCGAGCAAGCAGCGAGCAGCCUGCGUGUCUGCCUGAAUGCAGACUGCUGCCCCUCGGGCUGGCUGCUCUACCGUGGCAAGUGUCUCUUCAUCUCGGUGGUGAGGAAGAGCUGGUGGGACAGCCAUAGGGAUUGUGUGAAGAAGUCUUCCCAUCUGCUGAUCCAAGACGAAUGGGAGUUGUGGAUGCUGCCGGAUUUUCUCCAAGCAAACAGUGCCAGGUACUGGAUCAGGAGAAAAGAGUUUCACCGUGCAAAGAGGUAUGAUUACAGUGAAGAUUGUGCACUGUUAGUAGCUGGGAAAAUGCAGAGCUUAUCAUGCUGGAUGUUUUACCCAUGGAUCUGUGAGCAGCCCCCAAAGCUGAGCAGCGUGACCGAGAGCCUCACUCCUCUCCUGACUGAGGACUGACCCUGCUGCCAGCCCCUCCAUAUUACAGGCCUGGGGGACAGCAGCUGGGCUGCCCAUGGAAAUAUCCCAGUGCUGUAUAUGCAUUCUCUCCAACAUGUGGCAAAGCACGGAGAAAAUGUUCUGGAGAACUGCCUGUAUUUUAAAGCAAGGCUUAUGAAAAAUAGACCUCAUUCCCCUCUCUCACAUGCAUGCGGACACUUUUACCAACAUUUUCCUGCUCCUUGAUCUGCACACAUGUCCCCUUGUCCCAUAGCCAGUCUUUCAUGGUGAUAUCAUAUUGGAUUUGUGGGGUAUUCAGGUUGGAUACAAGAAAAAAUUUCUUCU